CCGCUUAAAUAAAAAGAGAAUUUCGUUCCUUCUCAUUGCAGAAGGCCACAAGCCAUGUUCAAACUUCAACAUCUCUUCUCAUGGCUCUCCUUUUUCAUAGCUCUCCUCCAUAACUCCCAUGCAGACGUAGGCACUGCUGCAUUCUACAAGCCUCCCUACCUACCUACAGCUUGCUAUGGUAACGACGCGAGUCAGUUCCCGGCGAACAAUCUGUUCGCAGCGGCAAGCGAAGGGAUAUGGGACAAUGGAGCGUCUUGUGGGAGGCAAUACUUAGUAAGGUGCCUUAGUGCAGCCACACCAAGGAAUGCUUGUGUUGUGGGCCAGACAAUUCAGGUCAGGAUCGUCGAUCGAGCGGCUACUUCGGGUUCGCGCCCUUCGGUGUCUGGGACAACAAUGGUACUGUCUGUCAAUGCAUUUGGGAUGAUCGCGAACGGGUCUCCUACAGAGAUCAACAUCGAAUUUCAACAGGCUUGACUUUUAUUUGGAUUUGGUUGGAAGAUGUACUACUGUUUGAUUUUUUUCAUUUCAAUAAAUAAACUUUCACAACCCAAGCUUUCUUUUCUGCGAAUAUGUUAAUUGUAUAUAACAUAGGAACCGUCCAAAAGGUGGUCCACACCAUCAAGAUCACUUGAAGCUUGAGUGACCAUUAUUUGACCCGUAUAGAAUGAAUUUAUAAUCUAAUGAUCAAGUAGAUUCUAUGAUUAUAAGAUAAUGACCCAUUAUCAUCAUUUGAGUACCUCGGAUCAAGAACACGAUAGAAUUGGAAGUGCCCCCACCAGGACCUAGCUAGAGACGGACCAUCAUUCUAGGGGAUAUGUGGGGGUCAUUGUAAUGUAUAUGUUUUAUCCAUAUUAUCCAUUCAU